AUAUAUAAAGUAUUUGUGUUCCCUGUAAGAAUGAAAAUACUGAAUAAUUAUUUGUGUUUUAAAAUUGUACAUAUUUAUUUAAUAAUUGUUUUCAACGUACUUUUCACGUACGACAACCCUUUUCUGAAACCUGCUCCGGAGAUAGCUAUAAUCUCCAUACUGAAUAUUUGAAAAAGAAAGUCUUUUCAGUCUAUGCGCGACUCUCGCACGAUCGUGAUAUCACUACUAACUAGUGUUGUAGUUAAAAUAAAUUUUAAGUAAUGUUUUAAUCAUUUUUUAUGACGUUCAGGGAAUAUUUAAAAAUAAUUUUUGAAAUUAAAAAUAAAUAAUACAAAAUUAAUAAUAGGUACUCAUAAAAAAAAACAACAUGUACGUACACAAGACGAACAAACUUCAUUAUUGUUUGGUGAUUUUCACAGUAUUUUGCCUGAGCAUAUUACAAACGAAUGCGGGAAUUUCAGUUCUUUUGAGAGACACUGGAGUGAUUCCAGCGGUACCAAUGAAAGAUUUGAAAGAGACAGCGACAAAUGGACCAGAAUUAGCUCGAAUUUUCUAUUCAGCCGUCGGAAAUCUAGUUGAAGCUGUUCCCGUAUUUCCGAUCACGUUCAACGUACCCGACAUGGUAACGGCUUUUAGUAGCAUGCUCUCUGGCAUGUUCAACUACAUAACCGGGAAUUAUGGUGGCAACGGAGCGUCACAACCCAAAGAUGUUCUCGGUGACAUGUUCAACAUUUUUAGGCACAUAGCCGUACAAGAAGACAUUCAUGACUUAGAGUUCAUGACGUAACAUAUUUUACUAUAAGAUACCCAAAGUCUACUUCGACAGGAGAAAAGUUUAGUCACCGUCGUCGCUGUUAUUUUUUCGUUUUCUUUUUUUCUUUUAAACGUGUCAUAGGUAGUAUUAUUAUAAUAUUGUAUACAUCUUACUCAUUAAUAUUUAAGUGGGUAAAAUCUACUGAUUAUUUACACAUCUUCGUAUUAUUGUAAAAACAUUAUUUAACAUAAUUGGGAUUAUACCAACCACUAAAUAGUAUACUUAAUAGUAUACGUAGUAUAAUGUACAUUUUACACUCACCGUGAAAUUGAAUAGGCGUGAAAUUUUGAACGCAAAUAAGUACCUACACAGUAUAUUCCUACCUUCCUACUUAGUACCACCUAUAUUAAGAACCAGAUUUCUUGCAACUACGUUGUGCGCAUAUAUUAUGUAUUUUGAAUCUGAUUAGUAGUUAUCCCAAUUUAUAUUUUUCUCUUACUUUCUUGUUGUUAAGAUAUAUAUUUUUAAAUCUACUUUUUAUUGAUUUAUUAUUAUUAACACUAGGUAUAAUACUUAUGUAUGAGUUCCGCCAUCUGAUAAAUGGCAUACCAGUCGAUAUUAAUAAUAUAUAUUCAAACUCAAAAUGUCAAUUAUAAUGUUAAAUAGAAUAAUCGUGUGUAUAAAAAGAUGUAUAAUAUGUACCAAUUUUUUUUUUAAUUUGAUUCAAGUUUCAGAAUAUAAAAUAAAAGCUAUACUUACUUUUUAUCAGUUUAGGUAAUUUCUUUAUAAAAUAAUUUAUGUUUAUUUUGUAAUUUAGUUCAUAUCAAUUAAGAGUGAAAUGCUUUAAGUAUUCUGUGAACGUAUUAGUAAGAUGAAGGUAUCAAUUUAUUACAAUUAUAAUUAAUAUAAACAUUACUAUAAAAGUCUAAAAUUUAAUAUACCAACUGCUUCAAUUUAUCAAACAUACAAGGAUUUUAGUUAAUCCUCUAUUAUAAAAUUAGUUUACAAUAUCUCCUUGAUCCUUCAUACAUCAAAAUCCUGGUUAUACCACUGCAAUACAUUUAGUAUAAAUAUUUUAUUUUUUACAUAAGCCGUUAGGUACACUAAUAAACGGAAACUAGACGACCUCAUUUAUAGAAUAUUUUGUCAAUUAAAGUAAAACAAGUUUGUAAAACAGUUAAAAUCAGUGGUGUAUUGAUAAAUAAAUGAAUGUUAUGCAUGGGUAUACGCACUUAAAAGUAGUUGAAUAUAGGUAUACCUUAAAAAAUUUUCUCGUUUCACUCGAAACAUCUUAACGCUUAUAUUAGUGUUUAAUAAGCUUUAUCUUUUAUUACAAACAUUCAUUAUUGACGAAUAUAUGUGUCAACUAUCAACGUAAAUAACUGUUAACUGGUACAUUUUUGAAAUUUUGGUUAUUUAUUUUUAUAGUUUAUAAAUUUAUUUGCUUUAUCCAACAAAUAUUUUCAUAACUAUGAAUUUUUUUUAUGUUAAACCAAAGUUGUGAUUUUAGUGAUAAACAGGAUGUAAACAGGUAGAUUUGAUUUGA